GCUGCUGAACGCAUCUCCGAACGGCUCGUCGUUCACUGGGAUCGUCGAGCUGAUCCCCAGCACCGGCGGCACCGCAUCGCCCACCGCCGUGUCGCCCAAUAGCCCGUGUGGUGCCAGAGUGAAAUCCGCCACGUAGUCGCUGGCCGCUGGCGUGUCACCGCCUGGCUGCUGGCUCUCCUGCAACCGCCGCUGCACACUCGCCGCCACGUCGCCGCCCGACGUGUGUGCGUCCAGCACGUGCGCGAGCCGCAUUGCCAGCGCUUGCCUUACCGACUCCGGUUCGCCCACCUGACUGCCAUCAGAUGAGCCGCGCGGCACCACGCAGUCCGACGACCCCCGCCGCCGCCGCUUCUCCCCAUGCGCCAGCACUGCCGGGCUGCUGCUCCCGCCCACAUUGCGCUCCGCCGGCUCCCCCAGGGUCGACUCGCCCACCGUCAGAACCCGCAUCCGCCGCAGCUCCUCCACCUCCCCCACGCCGCGCGCUGCAUCCAGCAGCUCCACAGCCAGAAGCGCAAACGCGUCGCGGGCCAGCGCUGCCGACUGCGCUAUGUCAAGCUCACUGGGCGCACCCAUGCAUAGCCGGCGCCACGCUGCCUCCAGAUGCCGCCGCCCGGCCACCGGUCGCUCCUGCCGCCGGCUGGCUCGCAAUGACACCGACCCGCCGCGCCAGUUUGCGUGAUGCACUGCUGUCGCUGCCAUUCAUCGCCGCCUCCAGCGAUUCCGCCAGCUUCAAGCCCAGCAGCUGCGACAGCUUGCGUGCCUCGGGGCUGUGCGGCUGUGCCAGGUCCUGCAGCUGCGCAUCUUUUGGCGGAUACGUGCUGCCCGCCGCCACUGGUCGUCUGGCACUGUGUUCUGCUGUGGACAUACGUCUAUCCGGAACUGCCGCCGCUCGUUGCUGAUGCUGAGUUCUAUGCCAUGCAGAAAAGAAAUCCCGUGCAUAUCAAAUCUCACGCAUCACUCACUGUCUUCUGGAACCCGGCCAUUGGCAGGGCCAGAACGCACUCCAAAACAGCCCAUGGCUCCUCCUUUUUGGCCUUACCGUAUUUCGCCUUCUGCUCGUCGUCCAGCCGCUUAUCUUCGGGAACGUCGGUGCUCAUUGUAUGUCAGGAAAAAGGCCUGUCUGCCAAAAUUGCUACUCUAACUGAAAAAGUAAAUAGAAAAGCAC